AUGCCCCGCAUCUCACGGUUCAUCAAAUCGCCAACAGAACGCAUUUCAGGUCCACAAUUAUUGCAUAAGGAAGCGUAUGUUCUUUACCGCAUUCUCUCUCUCUCUCGCCCUGCCGCAUUCGCUCACUCUCGCUCUUCCGCAUUCUCUCUCUCUCGCUUUGCCGCAUUCUCUCUCUCGCCCUGCCGCAUUCUCUCUCUCGCCCUGCCGCAUUCUCUCUCUCUCGCUCUGCCGCAUUCGCUCACUCUCGCUCUUCCGCAUUCUCUCUCACUCUUGCUCUGCCGCAUUCUCUCUCUCUCUCUCUCUCUCUCUCUCUCUCUCUCUCUCUCUCUCUCUCUCUCUCUCUCUCUCUCUCUCUCUCUCUCUCGUGCGCACGCGCGCGCGCUCUGCCGCAUUCUCUCUCACGCCCUGCCGCAUUCUCUCUCUCGCUAUGCCGCAUUCGCUCACUCUCGCUCUUCCGCAUUCUCUCUCACUCUUGCUCUGCCGCAUUCUCUCUCACACCCUGCCGCAUUCUCUCUCUGGCUCUGCCGCAUUCGCUCACUCUCGCUCUUCCGCAUUCUCUCUCACUCUUGCUCUGCCGCAUUCUCUCUCUCUCUCUCUCUCUCUCUCUCUCUCUCUCUCUCUCUCUCUCUCUCUCUCUCUCUCUCUCUCUCUCUCUCUCUCUCUCUCUCUCUCUCUCUCUCUCUCUCUCUCUCUCUCUCUCUCUCUCUCGUGCGCACGCGCGCGCGCUCUGCCGCAUUCUCUCUCACGCUCUGCCGCAUUCUCUCUCUCUCGCUCUGCCGCAUUCGCUCACUCUCGCUCUUCCGCAUUCUCUCUCACUCUUGCUCUUCCGCAUUCUCUCUCUCUCUCUCUCUCUCUCUCUCUCUCUCUCUCUCUCUCUCUCUCUCUCUCUCUCUCUCUCUCUCUCUCUCUCUCUCUCGUGCGCACGCGCGCGCGCUCUGCCGCAUUCUCUCUCACGCUCUGCCGCAUUCUCUCUCUCUCGCUCUGCCGCAUUCGCUCACUCUCGCUCUUCCGCAUUCUCUCUCACUCUUGCUCUUCCGCAUUCUCUCUCUCUCUCUCUCUCUCUCUCUCUCUCUCUCUCUCUCUCUCUCUCUCUCUCUCUCUCUCUCUCUCUCUCUCUCUCUCUCUCUCGUGCGCACGCGCGCGCGCUCUGCCGCAUUCUCUCUCACGCCCUGCCGCAUUCUCUCUCUGGCUCUGCGGCAUUCGCUCACUCUCGCUCUUCCGCAUUCUCUCUCACUCUUGCUCUGCCGCAUUCUCUCUCUCUCGCUCUGCCGCAUUCGCUCACUCUCGCUCUUCCGCAUUCUCUCUCACUCUUGCUCUUCCGCAUUCUCUCUCUCUCUCUCUCUCUCUCUCUCUCUCUCUCUCUCUCUCUCUCUCUCUCUCUCUGUCUCUCUCUCUCUCUCUCUCUCUCUCUCUCUCUCUCUCUCUCUCUCUCUCUCUCUCUCUCUCUCUCUCUCUCUCUCGUGCGCACGCGCGCGCGCUCUGCCGCAUUCUCUCUCACGCCCUGCCGCAUUCUCUCUCUGGCUCUGCCGCAUUCGCUCACUCUCGCUCUUCCGCAUUCUCUCUCACUCUUGCUCUGCCGCAUUCUCUCUCUCUCGCUCUGCCGCAUUCGCUCACUCUCGCUCUUCCGCAUUCUCUCUCACUCUUGCUCUUCCGCAUUCUCUCUCUCUCUCUCUCUCUCUCUCUCUCUCUCUCUCUCUGUCUCUCUCUCUCUCUCUCUCUCUCUCUCUCUCUCUCUCUCUCUCUCUCUCUCUCUCUCUCUCUCUCUCUCUCUCGUGCGCACGCGCGCGCGCUCUGCCGCAUUCUCUCUCACGCCCUGCCGCAUUCUCUCUCUGGCUCUGCCGCAUUCCCUCACUCUCGCUCUUCCGCAUUCUCUCUCACUCUUGCUCUGCCGCAUUCUCUCUCUCUCGCUCUGCCGCAUUCGCUCACUCUCGCUCUUCCGCAUUCUCUCUCACUCUUGCUCUUCCGCAUUCUCUCUCUCUCUCUCUCUCUCUCUCUCUCUCUCUCUCUCUCUCUCUCUCUCUCUCUCUCUCUCUCUCUCUCUCUCUCUCUCUCUCUCUCUCUCUCUCUCUCUCUCGUGCGCACGCGCGCGCGCUCUGCCGCAUUCUCUCUCUGGCUCUGCCGCAUUCUCUCUCUCUCGCUCUGCCGCAUUCUCUCUCUCGCCCUGCCGCAUUCUCUCUCGCGCUCUGCCGCAUACUCUCUCUCUCUCUCUCUCUCUCUCUCUCUCUCUCUCUCUCUCCCUGCCACUCUCACGCUACCUCUCUCUGCCACUCUCGCAUCCCCGCUCAUUGCCGCUCUGGCUCUCUGACGGCCCCACUUGCUCUGUCACACCCUUUUCCCUCAUCUCCCUGGCCAGUUCACCUCAGUCCCUCUCUUGCCAAAUUCCCUCCUCCUUUGCCACGUUCACUCCCUCUCUGCCCCAUUCACUCACGCUCUGCCCCAUUCACUCCCUCUCUGCCCCAUUCACUCUCGCUCUGCCCCAUUCACUCCCUCGUUGCCCCAUUCACUCCCUGUCUGCCCCAGUCAGUCCCUCUCUUGCCAAAUUCCCUCCUCCUUUGCCACGUUCACUCCCUCUCUGCCCCAUUCACUCACGCUCUGCCCCAUUCACUCCCUCUCUGCCCCAUUCACUCACGCUCUGCCCCAUUCACUCCCUCUCUGCCCCAUUCACUCACGCUCUGCCCCAUUCACUCCCUCUCUGCCCCAUUCACUCACGCUCUGCCCCAUUCACUCACGCUCUGCCCCAUUCACUCCGUCUCUGCCCCAUUCACUCACGCUCUGUCCCAUUCACUCCCUCUCUGCCCCAUUCACUCUCGCUCUGCCCCAUUCACUCCCUCGUUGCCCCAUUCACUCCCUGUCUGCCCCAGUCAGUCCCUCUCUUGCCAAAUUCCCUCCUCCUUUGCCACGUUCACUCCCUCUCUGCCCCAUUCACUCACGCUCUGCCCCAUUCACUCCCUCUCUGCCCCAUUCACUCACGCUCUGCCCCAUUCACUCCCUCUCUGCCCCAUUCACUCACGCUCUGCCCCAUUCACUCCCUCUCUGCCCCAUUCACUCACGCUCUGCCCCAUUCACUCCCUCUCUGCCCCAUUCACUCACGCUCUGCCCCAUUCACUCCCUCUCUUCCCCAUGCAUUCAGAUGAGCUACCGCUGCCCUGCCUGCAAGGUCAACACCUUCUUGACCCAAAAGGGCAUGGAGAGUCACAUGCGUAG